GGCACGGUGAGGUGGGAGGGUGUGAUGGAGCCGGCUGGCCCCUGAGGCGUCCACGAGGACACCUGGGCAUGCCUGGGACUUGCUCUCCGGACUCGCUCUCACUGGGGCGCUGGACCUCCACUCAGAAGCCUUUGCCAGCUGAGGGAUGUGUACAUACACCACAGGGGCUUUGGCCACCCCUCCUGGGGCCCACGCGGGCUUGGCACCCUGUAGGAGACGCUUGCCGAGUUUCCUAGCGGUCACCUUUCUGUCUGGAUGUGCAGAAGUCCUGGAUGCGUUCAAUCCUUUAUCAUUGUAGAGAGACCCAGCCUGUGGCUGCAGUGCCUUCUGACGGAGGUCGCAGAGCCUGCUGGUCCACGCACAUCGCGUCUUCUCUGUGGAUCUGUUUUAUGUUUUAACAAAUUCCUCUCCGCCACAUUUCCUCCUGACAGACGGGACCUUCUGCUCUUCAGUGCAGGUGCUUGAUACAUAACGUGGGGGUUAAUCCAGGGGGGGACACUCUUCUCCACACGAGGACUCUCGUUCCUCUCAUUCACCCGCCGCCUCUUGCUUCUCAUCCGUCUCUGUGCAGAGGCUGGGACCCCUGCAGGUGCUCCUCACGCAGGCUGAUCUGGCCUUCUGCUCUUUGAGUAUGUGAUGGGGUCGGUUCCAUGAAAAACGCUGCCGACUUGAACUGUGAGUCUGAGAACCGCCUUUGUGUGGUGAGCCUUCGCAUCACAGGCAGGGACUGGCUGCCAAGCCUCCGACGACACUGGGACUUUCCCGGGUAGGCGACCCAGAUCAGAGAGGUCCAUCUGUACGUUUCCUGAGCUUUCUGCUGCUACCGCAAGUCGAGGCUUCUUUCCUAAAACUACCUUUGCCAACAGCCCUCCCUGCAGGGCUCCUCCGAGCACCUCCGACCACCUUCCUGUCCAAAUCCAGUCCUUCAGCACGUCCACCCCCCUCCUCUCCACACGCACCCACAGAGCAGCCCCUCCGACCACCUUCCUGUCCGUGGUUUUACUGUGGCUCUAAGGAAAACCCCCAAACACAAAACAAACUCCUAGCUGGGUGUGGAGACCCGGUUUGGAACAGAAAACUGCUUUCCUAAGUACGUUUCCUGGGAGACUCUCAGGGUACACGGGGAUGGCCAAGGAAGUGUCCUCUGUGGGAGCAAGAGAGUGAGAGUGGGCUGGGCACUGGGUGCUGCCCCAGGCAGUCCAGUGGCUUCCUGUCCUUGGAAGGUUGCAGAAGGGGUGAGGCCUCCAGCAGCAGGUGCGGGCGGAGCCCAGCCUUGGGCACUGGGCCCUUGUGAAGCCUGGGCCAUGCUCAGCACACCCCGGAAGCCCGCGCAGGUGUCUGGGUUCAGUGGCUCUUAGGGAGGUGGCCUGUGGCCCUGGUGUUGCUGGUGCCCAGGAGUGGACAGUGCCUGCUGCUCAUCACGCAGUGCUAGGUGUAUCUUCCUUUCUAGUGUGUCACAGUGAAGGCACCCACUGCAGGUGGGCAACGAGCAGCGUGCAAUGGCCUUGUCACCUGUGUCAGGACCAGGGCAAGCCCACCUGUGGGCAUCCCGCCAGGGGAGGGAGGCCUGGAGUUCAUGUGGCAGGCUCCUGGCCAGACGGGGUCUGUGCAGCCCUCAGGCUGGAGGGGGGGCGCGGGCGUCCUGUGUGUCCAGGACACAGACACAGGUCUGCAUGGCCCUCAGGCAGGGGAGGGCACGGGUAUCCAGUGUGUCCAGGACACAGACACAGGUCUGCAUGGCCCUCAGGCCGGGGAGGGCCCUGGUGUCCAGUGUGUCCAGGACACAGACACAGGUCUGCAUGGCCCUCAGGUUGGGGAGGGCCCUGGUGUCCAGUGUGUCCAGGACACAGACACAGGUCUGCAUGGCCCUCAGGCAGGGGAGGGCACAGGUGUCCUGUGUGUCCAGGACACAGACACAGGUCUGCGUGGCCCUCAGGCCGGGGAGGGCCCUGGUGUCCAGUGUGUCCAGGACACAGACACAGGUCUGCGUGGCCCUCAGGCCGGGGAGGGCCCUGGUGUCCUGUGUGUCCAGGACACAGACACAGGUCUGCGUGGCCCUCAGGCCGGGGAGGGCACAGGUGUCCUGUGUGUCCAGGACACAGACACAGGUCUGCAUGGCCCUCAGGCCGGGGAGGGCACAGGUGUCCUGUGUGUCCAGGGCACAGACACAGGUCUGCGUGGCCCUCAGGCCGGGGAGGGCACAGGUAUCCUGUGUGUCCAGGACACAGACACAGGUCUGCAUGGCCCUCAGGCUGGGGAGGGCCCUGGUGUCCUGUGUGUCCAGGACACAGACAUGGGGUCACCUGCCAUCAUCAUCUUUGCCGAGGUUCUUUUUGUGGUGAUGGUGGUCUGUAUUUAUGUAAAUGACCAGUGAGUUUGAAAGGAAAUAUUACACAGAAAGUUUUUAUAGUAUGCUGUUGCUUGCAGGAGGCUGAGUCAGGAGGAUUGCUCUAGCCCGGGAGUUUGAGGCCAGCCUAGGCAACACAGCAAAACCUUGUCUCAAAAAAAUGACAAUAAAGAAAGAAAAAUGAAAGAGAAGAAAAGAAAAAAAAAACAGGACACCACAUCUCUUGGAAAUCAAGUACUGAAGUGUUGUAAAUAUUAAAAUCUCGUUUUUGGAGUCAGUGCCUCGCUCUGGGACCCAGGCUGGCCUGGAGCUCCGGGCGCCAGUGCUCUCCAGCCGCCACCCGGGGUAGCUGGAGUGCAGGUCUGCCUGGUGAGCGGGGCCUCCAGGAACCCCUGUUCUUGAUGAUCAGAGCUGGCCCAAAGCUGGCCCUGGUGGUGCACACCUGUCAUCCCAGCUGCUUAGGAGGCGGAGGCCGGCGGAUCGAAGGUUCAGGACAGCCUCCACAACUCGGGCCCAAGCGACUGAGCAAGCCCCUGUCACAAAAUGAGAACUCAAAAGGGCUGGGGAUAGGCUCAGGGGUAAAGGGCCCUGAGUUCGAGCCUUGGUAUCCACCAACAGACAAACCAGUUUGGAGUGCUGUGGAAGUGUGCCGACGGGGCCGCCUGCCGACGGGGCUGCGUGCCGCCGCGGCCAGUGUUGGAGUGCCUUU